UCCUAACAGCCAGACAUACAGUAGCUCCGCGAUACUCGGCUCUCUCACCUGCGCCGAGGAACAGGCAUUCAUCAUUCCCAUGUAAAUUCAGGGGCUGCUCAUUCUCGCUGGGAAACAUGAGAUGGACACCGUAUUCAUUUUCCGGGGCGCAUUACCACCAUCGUUAUGUUGAAUAAAGUAGGGGGACUGUCGAAGAUUGCACAGCACACGCACACCAACAUUCUGUCUUCACAGAGGGAGGAUGUUCAAAGGGGGUCAGACUGCGCGCUAGGACUCAGUCCGUGACAGGAUUACAUUCAGCUCAUUCUUCAAGAUAGAUGAACAGUAGCCCAUGCUGUGAACUACCGUGAUUAUCUUGGAGUACAAAUCUUGAAGGAUUCUAUGGGUUGUGCCAAUUUAAUUAUUGUUCUGAUGAAUUUUCAACGUUUGUGAACUCAAGGCACGCCACCUGGACUGUGACGCACAACUUUGCAUCUUAUAAAAAGGCUUAGUAUUGUAAUAUCAAAAUGAGUGCGGUGGUUUUCAAUAAAUUUGAUAACCAUAUUAUGUUUGAAAAGAAUGCUAAAGAGGUGGAGAUGAAGAGUCUGAACUAUUUGGAAGUUAUCGAAGGACAGCAUUCAGAUUUGUUGUCAAAUCGCAACGUUAUUGAUGACGACCCUUCUGUCAAGCACAGGAAGAGUGGGUCGCGGUCUGGUGCGGGGAAGGUUCGGCACAAGCGGCAGGCUCUCCAGGACAUGGCCCGUCCUCUCAAACAGUGGCUCUACAAGCACAGAGACAACCCCUACCCCACCAAAACAGAGAAGAUCCUACUGGCUCUGGGCUCCCAUAUGACUCUUGUGCAGGUGUCUAACUGGUUUGCUAAUGCACGACGAAGGCUGAAGAACACAGUUAGACAGCCUGACCUAAGCUGGGCUCUACGCAUCAAACUAUACAACAAAUAUGUGCAGGGCAACGCCGAAAGACUCAGCAUCAGCAGUGACGACACAAACUCUGAAGAUGGUGAGAAUGCCUCCCGGAUGCCGUCUGGCGAUGGAGAGUUCAGCCGACCGUCGUACCAAAGCGUCAUCCAACAGGACAGGCGGGCGAAGGGGGCGGGGCUCAGGACUGACUCCGCCCUUUGUGAUGAUUAUGUCUCCCCGCCCAAAUACAAGAGCAGCUUGCUGAACCGUUACCUGAACGACUCCCUACACCACGUCAUGGCCUCAGACAAAGUCAUGGACUCCCGACGGAGGAAUCACUCAGGAUCCUUUAGCUCCAACGAGUAUGACGAUGACCUCCUCCUGCCCUCAUUGUCUGAAGUUGAGGCCAACAGUGUCUACAGAGCUGAGCCCUUGGACUGCAGCUCAAACAAAUGUGACAGUAAUAAGCGAAAGGAGGGUGGGAGAGGGAAAGACGAGACAUACUGGAAGGAGAUCCACGCCGCCAUGGCCUUGACAAACAUGGCUACCCAGGGGAAAGAAGGAGGGACGGCAGCCGCAGGGACAACCAGUUGUAUCAUCCAGAAGUCCUCCCAUAUAGCCGAAAUAAAGACCGUCAAAGUGCCAUUGGUGCCCCAACACUAGCUCAACUGUGUCCCCAUUCGAACAGUCCUUGUGCGAGAAGAGAAUGAGAUGGAGAAAGAGAGAAAGAGAGAUUUUCUUCUGUUCCACAAAAAAAGUCUUUACAAAAGGGAUUCUUACAGAAAAUGAGAGACAAUUCCCUUGGUUCUUUAAAUAUGAUUGAGACAAUUUUCUGAGAGACAUGACUUCCUCAGUUCCUCAAAUAUGGAUCUGUUAUGUUACCAACUACAGUGUUUUUAUGAAAAGCAAUAAUUGUAUGCUUGACAUGCAUUGCAUUCACUGGCGUGCCUUUCCAUGACAGAGCUCAGAAAGAUGAAGAAGUUUCUUGUCAUUUUUUUUCUGUUUGUUCAUUUGGUCAUCUGAAGUUUUAAUCAUCAGUGUCAUUGAACCUUAAAGCACAACGGCUGUCUAGUCGGAGGAAAUUUUCAUCUGCAGAACCAUUUCUUUUUAAUCUAAUGGUCAUUCAUCAUACAUGAACACGAAACCUCAUGUCUGUGGUCGGAAAAUGUAAUAUAUUCUUUGAAUGUUCACCAUUUCCAUAAGUUAUAUGACAUUCAGUGUUGGUACAGUAGACUCUGGAUUUUUGUCCUGUGAUGAAAUGCGUAAGACAUUUUCAAGUUUCAUCUUUUGCAUAAAACCAAUGUUUUUGUAAGUGUUCCUGUUGUGGAUAGAUUAAAUUGUGUUCAUGUCAGAUUCAUUUCUUUACGUACUUUGAUGUAGCAAUAUUCAUCAGCAUACAUCACUGUUAACAUUUCUUUGCCUAUCUGCAUGAAUACCGCUCUGGAAAUCACCACUAACCACAUGUUGCUUUGAUAACUACUGCUCCUCUCCAAAGGAAGUUGAGUGAUCUCCAAGAAUGACAACUCUGUCUCUCCUAAGUGUGUCACAUAAUGGGGACUAGAGUGUUCCAUUUUGGACAUCGUCACUGUCAUUGGUCUGGGCUCCAAUAUGGCUUCUGUUCCUUCGAGAUUUCACUCCUGUCACCGUUAGCCACUUUUUCCAUACAAAACAAUUGUCCUAGAUUUACACCGCUAGCCUUGCUUGUGUAAGAACGUGUUCCCACAAGACUUGCCACUGGAGAGAAACCAGUGUUGUGGAUGGUUGCAUGGAAAGGGCUAAUUAUUUCCACUUUAAAUUUAGUUACAUGUAAUGUGGAAAAUAGAGAGUGUGCAGGACAUUUUGAGUGGUAAUCUAGGAAAAAGCCACUUCCAAUCUGAUAAACUGCUCAUACUGAAACAGUUAGACCCAGCUACAUCUCAGCAACACACCGACACUGGUAUGGCCUGGUCCGCCUUGAGUUCUGAACCACGACUACAGCUAGGCAUUUCCAUCUGGUGUUACAGAUCAUCUACAUCUGAGCAACACAUUGCUGGCAUGGCUUGGUGCACCAUCGGCUGGACUUAAAGCUAUUUCCAUCUGAUGUUACAGAUAACAGAUAUCAGGUUCACUGCAGUAAAAGGGCCUUCCAUAUGCUCAUCCAAGGGAAGUCAUCCAAGGGCAGUCUCCAAGAGAUAAACUGGGUGGGAAAAUAAUCUCACUAUCAUAAACAUCUACUUGUCAUCUCUUUUUACAGGACACUUUGUGCUGGUGUUCACAUUGUCUUCAGAAGAAAAACAAUGAAGCUUUACUCUGAUUUACCCCCUACUCUCCUGAUAGCAUGCAGCAACUCCAACCAUUCACAACCCUGUCAGUGAUCAUGUACCUGGACCUGAAGAAAAGUGAGCACUGGAAGUCAUCAACCUCAAUUACCAUGCUGCUUAGGCAUACACAGUACAGUCAUGUCCAGUCAUAAACUCAACACACCCUAGAUACUCACUUAGUUCCAGUGAGAGGCAUCACCCUUUUUAUAUUAACGAACACAACCUCUGGGGUCGGGUGAUUUAAUGUACAGGCCUAUGACUCAAACAUUCAUCUAAGCACACACAAAAGCUUCAGGAUAUGAAGGGAGAGGCAGUGAAG